UGAUGAGUUCAGUAAAAAAAGAAAUUGUGAAGAUUUAGAUGAUUCACAUAAUGAAACAACAAUAGCCUCUGCACAACCUAACAAAAGAGGAAAAUAUUUAGAACCAACACUCGUAUUAAUUACCAUUGAAUAUCGUGAAUUAAGAGAUCGUAAGUAUAUAGCAAAAGGAGGGUUUGGAGAAGUUCAUAAAGGUAAAUGGAAGGGACAAAACGUAGCAAUGAAAUUUGUUGACCACGAAACUCCUAAAAUUCUUGAACGCGAGUUAAAACACUUGGAAAAAUCUAAAGACUGCAAAGAAUAUAUUAUACAAUAUUUAGGAUUAUCUCAAGAGCCUUGUAUGGGAAAGUAUGUUCUAGUUAUGCAAUUUGCAGAGAAGG